AUGGUGAACUCAUAUCGGACCAUUGCCGGUCUGGCGGCUCUCUCAGGUAUCGCCCAAGCCAAGAUCUACGCUGUGCCCGAGGCCACGACCACGUUUGACCUCCCUCUCGACCGCUUCAAUCCUCAUCCGACCAAGGCACCCGCCUACGCGGAGUUGAAGAGGCGGCAGGCCACGUCUGGAACCACCGUUCUCGUUGCUCCCGAUAACACGUGUGGUUACAUCUCUGGCCGCCCUGGCGCGGCCUAUACCUGCGGUUCCGUUGCCACCUGCCUCUUCUUUACCGCCAACCGAAACAACCCUGGCCGUGUCGCCUGCUGUGACUCCCAGGAAUGUGGCGCGCGCCGUACGUGCUACGACCAGAGACAGGUGUCUACAUUGGGACUUUGCAACGAUGGCUGUCUCGUUGAUCGGUUCACUCUCAAGUGCACCAACACGGCCAGGCCAUACUGCAACACCAUCUCUUUCCCGGGGAGUGUUUUUGACUACUGGUGCAACACGCUUGAGAUCUCCACACCACAGUCUGCUCAAACGACCUACGAAGGCCAGACUGGGCGCACCUGGGAGCCGCUCGCCCUGACGGAUGAUGCCUCUUCCAGCAACGCGCGAAUCGUGUCGACAACGUCCAGGAUAAGCGUCAGCACCACCCUGCCCGGCCCUGGCCCGGGACCGACCACCUCCGUCAAUCCGGCCCCCGAGGAAAAGUCGGGUGCCCCCGUCGGCGCAAUCGUAGGAGGCGUCGUCGGCGGCAUCGCAGUAAUUGCUCUCAUCGGUAUCGGCAUCUUCCUUAUCCUCCGCAAGAAGAAGCAGGAUCCAAACCAGCAGCAGACACCACAGCAACAGCCCCAGAUGGCGCAGAACGGGUACCCAGGCCCCCCGCAGGGCCCCCCGGGUGGCUCUCCGACCGAAUACGCCGGCACCACGACCCACACACAGUCCGUGUACGACCCCAAGUUCGCCGCCACGAGCCCCACAGGCUACCAGCAGAGCUUCGGCAACACGCCGCCUCCCCAGGGCGGAUUCCAGCAGCCGGGAUACUUUACUGCCGCCAACAUGGUGCCCGACCGCGCCGACACCACCAGCCCCGGCGCCGUGUCGCAAAUGACGGACCACCACAGGUACAGCACACCUCCGCCUCCGGGCCCUCAGCAGCCGUAUCAGCAACAGCCGCCGCCUCCGCAGCAGCAGCAGCAGCAGCAGCAGCAGCAACAGUUCGCUGCGCCCCCGCCCACCAUCCACGAGGCCCCUACCGGAAACGACGGCCACAGGGGCCAGAUGCACGAGCUUGCCUGA